AUGGCUGAAAGUAAAAUGGACAAAGCCAAGCUAAGAGAGGUUUUUAACGUCUUCGAUUAUAAUGGUAACGGUAUUCUGUCUCUCGCCGAAAUCGAUAAAGCUGUCAUUGAGCUCUACCCAAAACUCGCGAAAGAUAAGCCUGCCAUCAUGCGGGCUUAUAAAGCUGCUGAUACUUCAAAGGAUGGUUUCAUCGAUUUCCAAGAAUUCGGCCGCCUCGUAGAUCUUCUUUUUUACUAUAACCAACUAUUCAAGUUGUUUAGUCAGCUUGAUAUAGAUAAGGACAGACGUAUCAGUUUUGAGGAAUUCAAGAAGGGACACGAACUCAUGGGGAUCCACGCGCGUACGAAAAAAGCGCUUAAGGAAGCAUUCGAUUCGAUUGAUACGAACCUUGGAGGGUAUAUUCUCUUUGAUGAG